CCUUCAAAUACAACAUAGAUUUGAUGCAUAAAAUCACGACAUUCCAUAAAAUACCUUCAUUUUUGGUCAACUCAACUCACUGUACAUUCUCUUUCAAUUGUGUGAGACUUCAUUUUUUUUUAUCAUUAGAUCCGCAUCAUAUUGAACAGCAAUAAUAUUUAAACGGUCAUCCAAGUACACCAUGUACACUGUUGACAAGCAAUUUAAACUGUUUGAUCUUUAAGUUUGUAAUCAAAACCUGAUUUGUGAUGAUGAUGUAAACAAAGUUCAGUACCACGAAACACAUACAAUUAGCAAUGCGUCAGUGACGUUUUUAAAAUCAUCCCAUCACAGCAGCUACCAAUAUUUUUCAGCGCGUUUGCUUAUCGCAUGCAGAUCAUUAUUUAAGUGCAGCUAAAUAUUUACACAGUUAUAAACUCAAUAAAAUAGAUCGUGAUGAACUGUAGAUAAGAAUAUUAUUUGUUGAAAUAAAUUUUAGUUCCGUUUUUGAUAAAUACAUAAUCGAAUGCAACGCCAAUUGUUCUUAAAAUGAAUGAAAUUCGUAUAAAAUUUAAGUCAUUUGUGAUUGGAGUUAUCGCGGUGGUAUUUUCGCUAUUUUAUUUGGCUUUACGAACUCCAGACUGUCCAAAUUUAACAAAUGACGCAUAUACAUAUCAACCGCAACAGGUGCCACAGAAUAAACAAACGAUUACCACACCGCAACCAUUUACUGUAUAUGCAAUUACACCGACGUAUGCACGUCCCGUACAAAAAGCCGAACUCACGAGAUUAGCUCAAACAUUAUUACUUGUGCCGUUUGUUCAUUGGAUUAUUGUUGAAGAUGAUGAGAAAAACUCAGAUUUAGUACGUAACCUGCUCGCUCGAACUGGGCUGAAUAAACGAAGUACAUUAUUGUUUGCAAAAACACCAAGUGAUUUUAAAUUGAAACGAAAAGAUCCGUCAUGGACGAAGCCACGUGGAGUUGCACAGCGAAACGAAGCACUGAAAUGGGUGCGUAAAAACGUCGAAUACUCACCAAACUCACAGUCGGCCGUCUAUUUCAUGGACGACGACAACACAUACAGCACCGAACUGUUCGAAGAUAUUAAAAAUAUCAAACCGGGAAAAGUAGCGGUUUGGCCAGUCGGCCUUGUUGGAGGACUUUUGGUGGAAAAACCGGUAUUGGAUGAUGAUAAUCGAGUUUUAGGAUUCAAUAGCGCUUGGCGACCUGAACGUCCAUUUGCGAUUGAUAUGGCCGGUUUUGCAAUUUCAACUGAUCUUCUUUUCAAAUAUCCGAAUGCAGUGUUUUCGUACGAUGUGGAACGGGGCUAUCAAGAAAGUGAAAUUCUCCGAUAUUUAGUUGUUGUGCGCGAUUUACAACCGCUUGCCAAUUUUUGUCGCGAAAUUUUCGUGUGGCAUACGCGAACGGAAGCGCCCAAAUUGGAUGCGGAAGCGAAGUUGCGAAAAGAUAACCAACAAUCAAACAAAGGAAUGGAAGUUUAACUUCUGAAGCCAUAUCUCAAGAUGAUUCUUUGUGGAAGCCAUGCAGCUAUUAUCAAUUUGUUUAUAUGCAGACCAAGAAUUGCAUCGACAUCUCACACUUUUUCUAUUAUUGUAAGCCAAAAUGUUCAAACAAAAAACGAUAUCGGUUAAUUAUAUACGAAAAACAGGAAUAUUUUAAAUCUCAAAACAAUAAAUAUCGAUUUUUUACUCAGAAA